AUGGCUUACGUAGCUCAACGGGUCUUUGCCAUGGGAAGUACACAACGUUCCGGGGACAGCCCUCAAGACGCCAUUGACCUUGAAUGCGACGAACCAGCCUACUCGGUGGGAGAUCAACGCGUCGUCGACAUCGAGCGUCUAAUUCACGAGUAUCGACCUCAGAGCAGAAACAAUUCACUCCGCACUGAUAUCAGUGGUCUUGAUGAACAAAAAGAAGAAGAUAUCGUCAGCGAAGAGCUUGCAAACUUCAUCGACCUUACCGUUGACGAUGACCCAGUCAUCAUUGUUCGCUCGCGAAAGCGCCGCCGUGAUCCUGCGCCACGAGCUCCUGAGCGCAACCAUGACAAGAUUAAGGUUGGCGGGGGCCUCUGGAUUAAGCUGAAUACGCUUUAUGAGCUCAAUCCGGAGUGCACCCCAAAGUUGUCUAUCGAAAACCACUUCAUUCUAGUCACCGCGAUAUCUGAGAAUCUCUGGACGCAAGAGUAUACGAUUCGAGGAUUGCCUUUCUCCCGGUCUCGCACGCUGAUGGCUAAAUUGCCUCGCAAACUAAAUGAAGUGUUUGCAAUCUAUGAGUUGGAAGAAGAAGAUGACCGCGCCCCGGAAGACCAAGCAUGCAUUGAAGUCGCAAUCUCUGCGCUUCUUAGACCCCGAACUCUGCACCUGACCAACGCGUCAUACCCCCAGCAUCGCUAUGAUCCAAAGAUAUUCUGGCAUCGCACCGCAGUCGAAAAAGAGGGCCCUUUGGUCUGUCGGUGGAAGCUUUAUGUGCAUUACCGCAACUCCAACACGAAGAGGGACCGCAAAGCGAACCACUGGUCUCUUGAACGAAUCAGAGCUCACGAGGUCGUGCGAGACGAGUUCAGAGUUCCGGAGGAGGCCCUCAGAGAAAGUUGGAGAGGCCAGACGAUUCGGGGCGGCUCACAUAUGCCUGAGGCCCGAGGACCAGAUGCCUGCCUUAAUACACCCAAGCAGCAAUAUACCGUCUUUGACUCGUUCUGUGGUGCGGGUGGAUUCUCUCGUGGAGCAGAGCGCGCUGGGUUGCAUAUCGAAUAUGCCAUCGAUCACUGGGAGAAAGCUUGCGCGACCUACCGCCUCAACUUCCCGAAGACCAAUCUCUUCGAGAUGUCCAUCGAUGAGCUCAUGCUGGCGUCAAAGAAUACGCAAAUGCGCACCGACAUCCUGCACCUGUCUCCUCCCUGUCAGACAUGGUCUCCGGCGCACACCGUCGCGGGUGCCAACGACGAGGCGAACAUUGCCGCAUUGUUUGCCUGCCGGAGCCUUGUGGAGAAACUACGACCUCGCAUCUUCACUUUGGAACAGACCUUUGGCAUCUUGCAGUCCUGUCACGAUCCUUUCUUCUGCUCUCUCGUUGGAGGAUUCACCGAGCUUGGUUACUCGGUCACCUGGAAAAUUGUUCACCUUCAAACAUGGGGGCUACCUCAGACCCGGAAGAGGUUGAUCAUGAUCGGCGCAUGCCCGGGCGAAAAGCUGCCCCCUUUCCCUUCUGCGACCCACUCAAAGACUGGCACCGGCGGUCUGUCAAAGUACGUUACGAUCCGCCAGGCUCUGGCCAAGAUCAAGGUCACAUCGACCUUCCACAACCCGGAGGAGGAAAUCAAGGACACCCUCCCGCUUGGAUCAGUCGUCAGCGACCCGGACCAGAUCCUUCGCAGAUGCGUGACCUGUUCGGGUGGCCAGAACAUGCACUGGUCCAACACUAGAUCCUAUACGGUCCGCGAAUUCGCGAGUCUCCAGGGGUUCCCCGUCUGGCACCAGUUCGCCGACGCACCCAAGUCUGCCCUAAAGAAGCAGAUCGGCAACGCGUUCCCGUCGUGUGUCGUACGGCUCCUGUGUGAGCACCUGAAGAACUGGCUGCUCGUCGAAGACGGACUUGCGCCGGCGCGGAAGAUGCGAAGCAGCGUCGGCGGCCGGGAGUUGGUCUUCGUCUCGGAAGGUCCGCGCCGCGCGGUCCCCCCUCCAGUGUUGAUGACGGGCUUUCGGGACAUCGGACGUUCGCAAAACGACGCUAUCCUGCUGAACGAUGAUGAGAUACAGGUCGAAAUUAAGUAUGAUCAUGAUCUCGAUGUCGAAAUGGCCGACGUGCUCGACGCGCCGCCCAGCACUCCUGAUACCCCCAAUACGCCGACCACGCCGGACACACCGGCGACGCUGUACACAGCUCGCUCGCGGUCACGCUCGAGGACCAUGUCAAUCGGAGGCACCCCCGAGCCCAUGCCAGCUGGUGGCAGCAAAGACACGCCUAUCGUGUUUGACUGA